CUAAUUACAAAAGGCAUUUUUGGUGCACCUCUAAAAUCAGCUAGUUUGUGUGGCUCAACAAGCGAUGAAUACGGAUUAACUGUACCCGACCCUGUUUAUCGAUGCUUUGAAGAAAUAAUGAAAAGAGAUUUUGAUAAGCCCCCAACUUAUGGCAAAUACUUGGACCUAAAAUCCAAUGACAUUCAUGCUAUCACAGGUGUCGUGAAAAAGUUUCUAAGACAACUGCCUGAUCCUGCUAUUCCAAUUGCCUCACAUGAAAAAUUCAUUCAGCUUUAUGACGAGUCAUACUCUGAUCAAUCGACAGUGACUACACUGGCAUCCAUGAUUCAACAACUGCCCAGAGAACACUUUCAUCUGAUUUACUACAUUAUCAUCUUGGCUUCCAAGAUACAAGCCCAUUCAGACAGGAACAUGAUGAACCCUGAGGCACUUGCUGUUGUCCUUGCACCUGUCUGUACUGGACUCGAACAAAACCUGAAAGAAAUACCAUCCUGGAAAAGACAUUCUCGGGCAAAACUGAUCAACGAUAUGGGUCACUUUAUUGAGACGAAUGCCAAAUGGACUCAGAUCUGGACAUUGUUGAUUGAAUACAGCGAUACGUUACUGGGCAUAUGGAGAAACUCCAUCAUCUGGGAUAGCGUGAUUACACCUCCUGGUCGCAAUACUGUACCAUGUCACCCACCCAUCUAUUCCAGCACUCAAGAAAUGAUCAUGUUGCACCCGAAUCGGAACCAUACACAAGCAGCCAGCCGUCUUCAUCAGUCUGAGUUAGUAUUGGAUGUUGCACCUCCUAAACGACCGAAUCCGACUUCCAACAAAAGUAGUGAAGAAUUAUACAAGGUAGUUGUACUCAGAUCAAGACAGAACACUAAAUCACUUAAAAAUACCAGCAAGAAAUAUCAGUUUUAUGCCAAUCAUGACGAUGAUAAGAAAGAUGAUGAAAUCGGCCUUGCUCCGUUACCUCGACAUUCAAACUCAACAUCAUCAACACAGAGACAUUCUAUGGUGAUUCAUUCUUCAAUAUCAAGCAUUACACCUAACUAUUUCUCUAAAUCUUCUAUUAAUCUCAGUAGUAUUACAGCAGAUUAA